CUUGUUUUCCUGUCCCAAGAUGGCCGCGCUCAGUGGUGCUGCUGUGGAAGGGAAUGGCGGGGAGUGAAGCCUGAGAGAGCGGGCCGGGGCCGCCAGCACGGAGGGGGAUGAGGUGACGCCGCCAUGGCGAGCGACGGGGGCAGGAAGCAGUUCUGGAAGCGGAGCGGCGCGAAGGUGCCGGGCAGUAUUCAACAUGUGUAUGGAGCUCAGCAUCCACCUUUUGAUCCAUUAUUGCAUGGAACCUUGAUAAAACCAGGUUCAAAGCCACCUACAACUCCAGUGAAAUUGAAGAAAGUCAGCACCUUCCAAGAAUUUGAAAGUAACACAAGUGAUGCUUGGGAUCUCGGAGAUGAUGAUGAUGAACUCUUAGCAAUAGCUGCUGAAAACUUAAAUACAGAAGUGGUCAUGGAAACAGCUCACAAAGUAAUUCAGAAUCACAGCAAGCUACAAGAACAGCAUAAAUUUCAGGAAGAACAUCUACAGGAAGAAAAUCAAGAGGAAUUUGCACAGCUGAGUUCAGUUGCAUGUGGUGAUAAUAGGCUUGUUAAAUCAGUCAGUGAAGGUCAUACAUCCAGUUCAUUAGAUAAUGCUAGUGAAAAUUCUUCCAUGCAGAGAUCACAGUCACUGCCACAAACUUCCAUACCUCCCUUGACAAGUGGAAUAGCAGAGUUCAGCACCUCAGUUACUCCUGCAUUAACUGAGAGAGAAGCGUCUCGAUUAGACAAAUUUAAGCAGCUCCUUGCUGGCCCAAAUACAGAUCUUGAUGAAUUGCGAAAAUUGAGUUGGUCUGGCAUUCCCAAACGGGUUCGUCCAAUUGCAUGGAAGCUUCUUUCAGGCUAUCUUCCUGCAAAUGUGGACCGAAGAGAAAGCACUUUACAAAGAAAACGCAAAGAGUAUUUUGCAUUUGUUGAACAAUACUAUGAUUCCAGAAAUGAUGAAAACCACCAAGACACCUACAGACAGAUACAUAUAGAUAUACCACGCAUGAGUCCUGAAGUUUUAAGACUUCAGCCCAAAGUAACAGAGAUCUUUGAAAGAAUUUUAUUUAUCUGGGCAAUACGUCAUCCAGCCAGUGGAUAUGUUCAGGGCAUAAAUGAUCUUGUUACACCUUUUUUUGUAGUCUUCGUUUGUGAAUACAUAGAAGAGGAAGAAGUGGAAAAUUUUGAUGUUUCCAGUCUGCCUGAAGAAGUGCUGCAGAACAUAGAAGCUGACAGUUACUGGUGCAUGAGCAAGUUGCUUGAUGGCAUUCAGGACAACUACACGUUUGCACAGCCAGGAAUCCAGAAGAAGGUGAAGAUGCUGGAGGAACUGGUUAGUCGGAUUGAUGAACAAGUUCAUAGGCACUUGGAUCAGCAUGAGGUGAAAUACUUGCAGUUUGCUUUCCGUUGGAUGAACAACUUGCUGAUGAGAGAAGUCCCUUUACGGUGCACCAUCAGGUUAUGGGACACGUACCAAUCUGAACCAGAGGGUUUUUCUCACUUCCACUUGUACGUCUGUGCUGCCUUCCUUGUCAGGUGGAGGAAAGAGAUCCUGGAGGAGAAAGAUUUUCAAGAGUUGCUGAUAUUUUUACAGAAUUUGCCCACAGUACACUGGGGAAAUGAAGACAUCAGUGUACUCCUGGCUGAGGCCUACAGACUGAAGUUUGCAUUUGCUGAUGCCCCCAAUCAUUACAAGAAGUGAAUACAAAGAGACAGGAAUCAUUAGAACCAACGUGUUCUGCAGUAUUAUGGCAUCUGUUGUUCUGGUUAUGCUUUCAGCUCAUUGCUCUUUCAUUUGAAGUAAGAUGACCAUUAAAAUUCUGUUAGAAUUUGCAGAAUGAGAAUGGAAUACCAAAGAAGUGGACAAAGCAGGAUAUCGAGCACUGAAUGAACUUAAAAGUGAAUUUUUUUUGCUCAGCAUGAAAAAUGAGUUCAGAAGUCUUAUAAUUUUCUUCUUUUUUCCCUUCUCUAAAUAGGAGAAUUGUAGUCUGUCUUAUUUAUGUUGAGCAAUUUUUCUAUGUACUUUAGACUUAAAACUACUUAUGGAAUGAUUUUGUCUUUACUUCAGUGUCACCUCCCAUGACUUUAUAAACCAGUUUUAGUUGGUGAAAUUUAUCUACUUGGAGUGGCAAAAAAGAGCUUGUCCAUAAUCACAGAGACCAUGUGAGACAGCAAGGCCUGAGGUCUGGUUAUAACUCAAAAGAAACUGAUAUUAGCACACCAUCUGUUGUUUUUCCAUGGAAUUGGGUUAGAAUACUUCCAUAGUAUAAGAAUACAGAAGAUUGUAAUGGAAAUUGGUGGCAUUUUUCUAAACAUUAUUGUCUUGAAGGAUGCUAUAGAAGCUUUUUAACCAUAAAAAGGAGUUACUUAAAUCUGAAGACUCAUCUAUUGUACUGAAAUAAAUCCCUCUCAAUAUAUUUUGGAGUGCUUUAAAAUAAUGAAUUAAACAGAAGGCAUGGUCUUGUCAAAGUAAUUAAAGUUUCUCUUUUAAGGCCUUGCAAUUUUUCAGCAUGAAAGUUCACUUUUAAGAAAUGUAUUAAGAAGCUUGGUUUGCAAAGCAAGAUAUAUUUUUAUCUCAGUUGUUGCCUUAUUCUCCAUUUCUAGCAAGUUAGAAAAGGAAAAUUAAUAUAUCUUUCCAAAGCUUUUUUUGUUAAAUAAUUUAAUACCUUUUUUUUCUGAUUUUUCAGAGGAGGAGAGCUAGCUCCCAAUAACAAUAAUAGUAACUGUAGACUCAGGUUGCUCAUGGGUCAUUAGCAGAACAAAAAUUCUCUAUGAGUCUAUAACUGAAAUUAAUGUUUCUUCAUAUAACCAUGGGAUACUGAAUAAUUUCUUAAAACUUACAUAAUUUAAGUGCACUAUUUUUUUUCAAAAAAAUAUUUUCUGAUAAAAAUUCUAAUUUUGCUCUGUUGGAUGUAAAUAACUCAUAUUAAUUUGUGCCUACCAUACACAUGCAGGUUAUGAAGGGUGGGAGUUGCAAUAAGCAAUACACUUAAAAGUUCAAACUUACUAUUCCUCAGUUUGGUUCUUGAGUUGCACAGUGUUGCACAAGUGUAGUGCACUUUUAAGUUUGGGAAAUAAAAAACCUCCAAGAGAUUUUUCUCUUAUGAUUUGUUAUUGAAAGAUUAUUUUCAACUUCUUAAAAACAUGUAGAUACACAUUUUGAAGAGGGCUUUCUAAAUGUGUUAGUUACAUUACUUGCUUUAGGGGCCUUAGUUCUUCACACAGACUUUGUAAUAAGUAGGUGUUUCAGGGUAAAUGAAGUAAAAUGCAUUUUUACCAACAUGUGAUUAUGAGACCAUCUAUAUUUUAAAAUUAUAUGAACUCUUUAAUAGAAGAUAAAAAAGAGGAUUAUUUCAGAAGCCGGAGUGUUGGAAACUAGGAUGCAUUUCUUUUGCACUGGUGUCAGCAGGGUGUUUCAGUUUGAUGGAUACAGGGUCAGGCCUCCCAGGUGGCUGCAUUUGUGCCUGGAAUGUGUAGUGGAUCUGUGCUUCUUACAUGUCUGUGUACUGCUUUCUGUAACUUCAGUUCGUGGUCUAAUGUAUCAAAAUUCAUGUUUACAAAGAAUGUCAUAUUGUGCCUAACAGUGUCUACCAAUAACAGAAUAAAAGCAACAUGAAAUCUA